GUGAAUGGAGAUUAAAUGGGCAUAAAAGUAAAGAGUUUUCGGAUGUCAAAACAAAAUUGAAAAAAUAAAAUCGAACGAUUGCAAGGCGAAGUCUAUUCGUAAUUAAUUUUAAGCCAAAUAAGUUUGUGAAAAUUACUACUGCGUCGGAAAGUGCAUAACAAGUGAAAAACAUGGUGUCGAAUUAUUGAGUUACUAAGAAAUGGAUGAAUAUAAUUUUGCACAGCCUGCUCCUGCGGGAAAUGCGGAGCCUGCUAUAUUAAACAGACAUAUAGUACUUCAAAAAUAUGUUAUUGCAUUACGCCACUUUCGUAAUAUAGCUGAGAAGUCAUUCCGAGUACGCCCGCUUUAUUUUGAUAACUAUCUGCUAUGGCAGUACUUUCAACAACGCAGCACAAUGGAAGCCGAUGAUGAUUUGAAUAUACGGAACUACUCGAACCUAUCUUCUUUGGCGUUCCUCAAACUGGAAGUGCUUAGUCAAAUCUUGGAUCGGCGGCGCCAAAUAUUAUAUUGGAUAUUUUAUCUCAUGUUAGUUUCGCUGUGCGUUUUUGCUUAUCGACAUCGUAAUGACACCUCGUCAGAUGGUUUACCGUCAACAGGACAUGGUGUACAUUCGUUUAUAUAUCCCAGUAUGCGUAUGUGGCGUCGCAUAACACUGCCAUUGAUACAACGCUUUCCGCAACUCACAGAGUUAUAUGACGAGUCGUGCCUAAUGCAGAAUCCCUUUUUCCAAGGUAUCGAUGCACUCAGCUGCGAUCCUUGUUCAACUAUACAGAGUGUGCUUGAUUUGACUUCGGACACUGAGCCAAAUACAGAAGCUUAUAACGAUAAGCAGAUAAGAAGCAGUAGUCCAUUAGAUUCAAAUCGAGUAAUGCCAAAUGAAUUUGUGCCUUUUGUAUUUAAGAUAAACCAAAACCCCAUUCAACUGCAGGAUUUCUACAAUCUAUACAUAAGCAAUCAUGCAACAUUUCGUCGCGAUGCUUACCGUGUCCAAUCGACAAAUCGUGAAGUUACAAAUUUAGAAGAGCUCUUUAAUAAAUACAAUCAUACGCAAAGUGAAGAUAAGCCUACGCAAACAAUCGAAGCACAUAAUUUGUGGCGUUGUAAUCGUAUGUUACCCGCACGUUUACUGCGUAAACUUUUCGCCAGUCCAACGCUACAUCUGCCGCGUACGGGUAUCGCGCUAGAACGAUACAUGACCAUCGACACAAGUCGGGCACCUACAUAUACACUGCCCGAUACGCAAUGCGCAAAUGUGUUUGUACAACAAGCGCUCGGCACAAGAUACAUCUUCCUGCGCCCCACAAGUGAAUGUCGACAUCUUUGUCGCACAUUAUCAAUACGAUUACCGCAAUCUUUCGUGCUCAGCUACAAUUGGCUAUAUUGGAAACCAAUUUCUGCGCCCGAUCCUGUUGCUGAUUCAUUUUCAAUCACACUAAUUGGAUCUUAUUGUUAAGAUCUGAUCAUACACAUAUUUUCAUAUACGUAUUUUGCUUUCGACUAAAAAUCGCAGGACGAAAUCAUCAUUAGCUCUUUAUAUACAUAUAUACACAUAAACAUAUAUACAUAUAUAUAUAUAUAUAUGAAUGUACUCGUACGCUUAUUACUACGUUGGUUUACAUCAUUAACAGCCGACUUGUAUAUACCAUGCGUAGAAUUUAGCAAAGUAAUAUGAUUAAUUGUGAACAAACCGAACUUAUUUUACUCACUACACAUUUCAAUUCCUAUUAUUUAAUAAUCGUGGCUUAAUUGGUGAACAACCUUAAAAGAGGAGCAUAUCAUUGCAGCUCCUUUGCAAGCUAGCAAUUAAUUAUUUCUAUUGAAAUAUUUAAAAUAUAUUAAUGUACUAUUACCUACAAUCACACAAAAGGCGAAUGACUAGUUUUCUAAAUCAAAAUAUGUGCAAAUAUUUUAAUACAUCCUCUUGUACUCCAACAAUAGAAGUUCGAAUUUCUUUGGUCGCAUAAAUGUGUUCAAUAAGAUUAAAAAUAUGCUCAAGUAAUCUUUAAUGAAUUGUGUGCCAAAACUUUCUUUAACGUCUCGUCAAGUUUUGCUAUGUGUAUCAUCAGUUAAUUAUAUAUUAAAGUAAACAUACAUAUGUAUAAACUUCUGCCUUUAUACUGAUAAUAUGCGAAAUUAAAACAUACAAAAAUAAAUGCUAGUCAAUAUUCUAUACUUGCAUUUAAACAAAAUUCAUUUUACAGGCUUUUAUGUUUAGUUUUACUCUCCUUUCAGUUGACGAUGACUUUAUAUUGCAUUUAUACGUGAUAAUUUUAAUUUUACAUAUUUUUUUAUUAAACUUUUAGCUAUUAAUGAACUAAUUUGUAAUAAAAAAAUAAGUUUUGAUUUAUAAUGAAAUAUCCUAUUAAUCAAUAUUCAAGCAUUAUUUUAAUUUAUAUGGAAAAAUAUUUUAUUACUGCCUUAUUAUUGGCUUCCAUACAUUGGACAAGAAUACUGUUGAACAAGAAUAAUUGAUAAUUGGUCAGAUUGACUUGA